AUGAACCGAGACAGAGACGCGGGACGCUCUCGCCCACUCUGCGAGACACUACUGUGUAAACAGGAAAGUGAACAUACAACAAAGCGUAAACACGUUCAGAUGAACCGAGACAGAGACGCGGGACGCUCUCGCCCACUCUGCGAGACACUACUGUGUAAACAGGAAAGUGAACAUACAACAAAGCGUAAACACGUUCAGAUGAACCGAGACAGAGACGCGGGACGCUCUCGCCCACUCUGCGAGACACUACUGUGUAAACAGGAAAGUGAACAUACAACAAAGCGUAAACACGUUCAGAUGAACCGAGACAGAGACGCGGGACGCUCUCGCCCACUCUGCGAGACACUACUGUGUAAACAGGAAAGUGAACAUACAACAAAGCGUAAACACGUUCAGAUGAACCGAGACAGAGACGCGGGACGCUCUCGCCCACUCUGCGAGACACUACUGUGUAAACAGGAAAGUGAACAUACAACAAAGCGUAAACACGUUCAGAUGAACCGAGACAGAGACGCGGGACGCUCUCGCCCACUCUGCGAGACACUCCAAUCAUCACCAUGUAUCUGGAGCAUCCAGCAAGAAACCGGAAUCUAA